AUGGCUAAUGCUAAAGAAACGUCAGCUUCCAGCCUAAUCGUAAUGAAGCCCAGGUUUCCAAUGUAUCGUGUAUUGUCAGAACGAAGAUACUCAUUUCAGUCUUGGCCAGAGCGUCACCCAAUAGACAAAGAAGAUAUGAUAGAAGCAGGUCUCUUUUAUACAGGAGUAGGAGAUGUCGUGGGGUGUUAUUUCUGUGGUGGUAGUCUUAGACAAUGGGAAUUCAAUGAUAUCCCUAUGGCUGAACAUGCAAGAUGGUACCCAGAAUGCCCUCACGUAAAACUGCAUAGAGGGGCCAACUACGCUCAUCUAAUUAUCCGGAGUAAAGAUUCUGACGAGAAUAAUGAAAAUAACCUAAGGAAGAUGCAGAGUAAAUACCCAAAAGAUUACUGGAAAUACCUUAACAGAAUUGAUGCAAAGAAACCUGUAGAAAUGCCAACCUUAGAAUCUAU